CCUCCAUUUCGCUGCGUCGAAAGUCUCCUCCCCGCAACCGCUAGAUUCAGCGAUUCCGGACCCAGUCUCUGUCGGACCGUUCUUUAACUUGAUCCUACGAACCUGCCAGUACCUCACUGGGUACCGAGAGACAGUUCGGAAUAGUCUCAACAUGGAUUGAGUACGAUUUGAAGCGGAUGGCGACUCCUUCAGCGAGAAUUUAGUAAAAGUAAAGUGCUCGGAAAUUUCAGACCCUCAGAUGCAGCGGUACCCUUGAUCUCAGCAUCCUGGAAGUGGAAAUCACGGAAGAGACUGGUGCUUCAUCACAUAGAGGUUCAGUGUGUAGCACUGCCGGUUCUGAAGCAGGGCAGUCUGGGGAAGAGGCGGUGCGGCAGCACACCUGUCCGGCAGUGGCUGUGCUGGGUGGCACGUCCGUGGCUGCGCAGAAUGUGGCUGGGCCACCCCAGCAUGCCCUGCAGCCAGUCGCAGCUGCCACUCUACCAUCGUCAUCGGUUAACAUCGGCACUGGAUCUCAGCAGCAGAAAGGAGACUCAAAGGCUGCAUGUAAAGAACAGACUAUCGCUCGCGUUCAACGAAGCAGUGACAUCAAGGAACCCGAGGAGAUAUUGGCGGUCCAAAGAGGACUGGUGUCAGCUACUGAUAAAAACUCACAAAAGCCUACAGACGUAUUGGAGGAUCAGACUCCCUCAGACAAACUUUUUGAAAGCGGGACCGAUAGUAUUGGGCAAAAACAGGAUUUACUUUACGGGUGUAACACAAAGCAAUCGAGCCUUGCAUACAGGGAGGACGAUAUGGCGGAAGGAUCCAGCACAGGCCACUGCCAAGAUUGGAGCCAACACCCCGGAGAUGCAGGGGGUGUCACUGCCCCUAUUGAGGCAGAAAAGGGACCCUUGCCUCCAGAGACAAUCAAAUUGGACUACAAGAACAUGUGUGGAAAGCACACACAUGGAGAAAGCCCCUGUGAUCCAAGAACAGAAGUCAUGCCACCAGUCUCGAGUGCAGUUAAGACUACAGAGAGAGACAUGGAGCAGCUUCAAACAACUCCCCUUUUUCAGACAAAUCAGACUGCCGCCUCAUCUGCAUUUGACGUCCUACAAGAACAAAAUACGACAAAUUCAGCGAAGCAGGCUAGUAAACUUGACUCUAAGGAGGCUAUGGAAGUUUUCACACAAGAUCUGCCUAAAACAAACAAAGAAGGUGCCGUUAGUCCAGGUAGACAAAACUUGUCAGCUGAGGGAACAAAACAAGGUAUUUGCGGAAAUUCUCUUUGCUCAGGAAAUUCAUCAUCAAAACAAGGGGGGCAGCACAUUACCCCCGAGAGUGGAAAUAGCAUGCAAAAUGACUCCGAUAAGGGCAGCUGUUAUCCCUCAGAGGACUGCAGUAAAACACAAAGGGCUACACAAAAGACAAGCCCCCUUCAUAAAACACCUGGCGUGCCCACCCCGCCUGAGAAUACAAAGUGUGUGCAAGAGCUAAGCUCUCAGUAUGUACAUGUAAGUGAAACCCCAAAAAUGUUUGUGUUGGGUAAAGAGACUAGUGCAACGGAGGGACAAGGCAAUAAGAAAGUCCCCGUUGAUGGAGAUCUGUGUUCUAACGUGGCUGCUAAAGAAGUAUUUCACAACAUUUCUGUUGAUGAACCAAAGCUGUCUGGGCAUGUGACAUGCACUGACAAUGUACAGGUCUCCAUUGUGAGUGAAAGGUCACAAGUUAGGGUUUGCGGCUCUUCUGGUGUGAUUUUGAAGCAGAAUGACAGUGCCAAUCCAAUAGAAAUAUCUAUGUCCUCAAAUCACCAACAGGAUAGGAGCAUGCUGCUCGCUCACACAGAGAACUGUGUGACUUUAGAGGGUCAAGAAUCAGAUCAGCCAAAUCUUUGUGACUCUAUGGUCCAACAAGUACAAGCGUCCAUUCCAGCAGAUCAUAAACUCUCACAAAUUCAGAUAUGCCUGAAUGACAACCCAGAUAUCGUGACUGUGGGAGAAAGGCAGGAAGUGAGUGCAGAGGCUCUCAAUGCUGUCAAGGUGAAAGAUUUGAUUGAUGCAGGUAUUUUAAUGCAGCCAGAUUUGGAGGAUACUUGGCUGGUUGUAAGUGAGAUAGACGAGCAGUCCGAGCAUGCAGAGAUGGAGGUCAGCGAGGAGUCUCUGGUGCAGUGCCCCGAAUCCCAGUCAACUGUUGCUGUAUAUGAAUGCACGGUGCCCUGCUUUACAUCCGCUGCCAUUCACAGUGAAGUUAAGCUCCUGUUAACUGACAAAGAAGAGGAGGAACCAAUGGAAACACUGUCGCAAGACUCACAAGCCCAGAGUAAUCUAGGGACUCAUUCUGAUACACUCAAACCCACCGGAGAUUUAAGGACCAUACCUUCUAUGCAAAAAGAAGGAUCUAUAAUUGUCAAGCAACAUGAGGAUUCAAGUCCCACUGAUCUUGCGAAUGCAUUGACUGGGUUAACAUCCACAGUGUUGGAUGGCACGCUUAACUCUGUGCAAGAGCAGCAGCAAUCUGAUGUAGUGGAAAACAGACAAGGUGUGUCAUUAAUUUCAUUGUCUUGUGGCACAAUUGACCCAAUGCUAUUGAUCUUAAAGAAGGGUGACAGCCCUGCCCUUAAGCAACCUUCUUCUCUGUCAGCUAGGAUUUCAACCAAUCAGAACUCCCUUGUCCAGGCUGGAUCCCCCAGUGAUGGAUUAAAUAAAGCUUCAGAGUGCCUUGCUAAAACUGUUACAGCUGCAUCUCCCACAGUAAAAGAGGAUGCUACGUUACCUGCUGACCGCGCCGUCUCAAACACUUUCUCUUUGUGUUCUCAGACUGUUUCCACUUCUAAUGUACAUUCACAGGAAAGACCUGUGAAAGAAAACGUAAAUAAAUCGAAGAGUUCUGGCAAGAUGCUUCAAAAUGAAUCCUCUCCUAACACUUCAUCAGCUUCAGUACAACUCCAUAACACACAAAGCCACCUUACUCUAUCUACUGGUGAUGUGUGCGGCACCGGAUCCAGUGUUGUCCCCGAGGGGAAUCAGUGUAAACCGUCAUCGGCCGCUACACCAUGCCAAGAUUCAAUGUCUUUGGAAGGUGAAUUGGAGUUGGAGCAGCAUCUGUUGUCAGACAAACUUUUGUCAACAAUGCAAAAUGUUGAACACACCAUCCUGGAGCCACUUGAUGCAUCUGUAGAAGAGAGCAGCGACGGAGAGGUUGACAGCUCUAUGGAGGUCCAGAAUGAGGACAGCAAUGCUAUGCCCAGUCCAGCAGUGAACAAGCAUGGGCAGAGCAGGACAGACAGACAAGGCUUGUUAUUGAAGGUUUGCCAAUGGAUUGCAGGCAAGGUUACUGCAGCCUCUACUCCUUCCUCCUCCCCCGUUCCAUGUCCAUCUCCAUCUCCCACAUCUGGUGACUGGAUGCGUUCUCACACAGGCAGAGGAUCGCCUGUACUCAACUCGCAUGGCAAAAACAUGCCCUCCACUUCCUCCCAGGGUUCUGGAGGCUGUUCUCAGUCAGAGCAAACAACCACCCUGAAAUCCACUCCUAAGCACGCAGACAUGGCAGAACUGGCAAAACAUGAAGCAGAAAUAGAACAUCGAACCCUUGCACUAAAGCGUGAAGGUUUCUGGUCCCUAAAACGCCUGUCUCGUAUAACCGAACCAGUACGGCCAAAAGUUCAUUGGGAUUACCUCUGUGAGGAAAUGCAGUGGCUCUCUGCAGAUUUUGCACAAGAGAGGCGAUGGAAAAGAGGAGUGGCCCGAAAGGUAGUACGGAUGGUGAUGCGCCACCAUGAGGAGCUGAGGCAGAAGGAAGAGAGAGCGAAACGUGAGGAGCAGGCCAAACUAAGGAGAGUUGCUUCUUCUAUUGCCAAGGAGGUCCGCGCCUUCUGGAGCAGUGUUGAGAAGGUGGUCCAGUAUAAACAACAGUCCAGACUGGAGGAGAAGAGGAAGAAGGCCCUAGAUCUCCAGCUGGAUUUCAUUGUGGGUCAGACAGAGCGUUACUCUGACUUGUUAAGUCAGUCCCUGCAUGCCGCUCCUGAACACAGUUCAGACACUGCAGCUGUCUCAAAAGAACCACAGCUGAAUGCUGUUGAUGAUGAUGAUAGAGACUUUGAGCCACCUUGUGAGGAGGAUGAUGAUGAAGAGACCAUAGAGGUAGAGGAGCAGCAAGAGGGGAAUGAUGCAGAGACACAAAGGCGAGAGAUAGAGUUACUGAGGGAGGAGGGCACUCUGCCUCUGGACCAGCUACUCAGUACUUUAACUCUUCCCAAGGUUGUUGAAUCAGAAGAAGAGGCCUCUGAUGCUUCAUCUUCUACAGUUGAAGAUGAAGACAAAGAAUUCAGUGCCAAUGAAGAAGAUGCAAAAGAUGAAGAAGACACUAUUGCAGCCCAGGAAGUUAUUGAAGGAGAGGGAGACCAUGCAGAGGAACUGGAUGAUCUUGCUAAAGAGGGGGAGAUGAGCUUGGAAGAGCUCUUAGAGAAGUACAGAGGAGCGUAUGCCUCUGAUUUUGAGGAGCCCUCAGCAUCACCAGAUUCCUCAGAAGAAUCAGAGGGAACCGAGGUGGAAGCGGAGGAAGAGACGGAAGGAGAGGACAGUGCUGAUGAUAGUGACUCCUCCUCAGGUUCCCAAGCGGCUGUAGACAGUGACGAAGAAGAAGUGGAUGAGGACGUGCAGGAGAGUGAUGAUAAUGAGGAUGAUGAUGGAGGUGAGGGAAUGGAGCUUCUGCUGAGAGAGGGAGACCAUAGUCCCUCUGUCGCAACAUCUCCCCGACCUAAGAAAGAAAUCAGCCACAUUGCUGCUACUGCUGAGAGCCUUCAACCAAAGGGAUAUACACUGGCAACAACAAAGGUCAAAACACCGAUUCCAUUUCUGCUUCACGGUACUUUGCGUGAGUACCAGCACAUUGGACUGGACUGGUUGGUCACCAUGAAUGAGAAGAAACUCAAUGGUAUACUUGCAGAUGAAAUGGGGCUUGGCAAAACCAUCCAAACCAUCGCUCUGUUAGCUCAUCUAGCUUGUGUAAAGGGUAACUGGGGUCCACAUUUGAUCAUUGUGCCCACCAGUGUAAUGCUCAACUGGGAGAUGGAGUUGAAGCGUUGGUGCCCAGGGUUCAAAAUCCUCACCUACUAUGGCAGCCAGAAGGAGCGCAAACUCAAGCGACAAGGCUGGACCAAACCCAAUGCUUUCCAUGUUUGCAUCACCUCAUAUAAGCUAGUACUGCAAGAUCAUCAGGCUUUUAGACGCAAGUCUUGGAGGUACCUCAUUCUGGAUGAAGCCCAGAACAUCAAGAACUUUAAGUCUCAGCGCUGGCAAAGCUUGCUCAACUUUAACAGUCAAAGGCGAUUGUUGCUCACAGGUACCCCUCUCCAGAACAGUCUAAUGGAGCUUUGGUCUCUUAUGCACUUCCUCAUGCCUCACGUUUUCCAGUCCCACCGUGAGUUCAAGGAGUGGUUCUCAAACCCGCUCACUGGCAUGAUUGAAGGGAGCCAGGAGUACAACGAGGGCUUGAUCAAACGACUUCACAAGGUGCUACGACCCUUUCUGCUGCGAAGAAUAAAAGCAGAUGUGGAAAAACAAAUGCCCAAAAAAUAUGAGCAUGUUGUGCGCUGUCGACUCUCGAAAAGACAGCGUUUUCUCUAUGAUGACUUCAUGGCCCAGGCCUCGACACGAGAGACUUUAGCCAGUGGUCAUUUCAUGUCUGUCAUCAACAUCCUGAUGCAGCUGCGGAAAGUGUGUAAUCACCCUAACCUGUUUGAUCCAAGGCCCAUACAUUCUCCCUUCAUCACAAAGGCCAUCAUCUUUUCUACUGCUUCACUGGUUCAGCGGGCUCUUGAGACCUCACCAUUUGAGCGCUGUGACUUAUCCAUGUUUGACCUGGUUGGCCUGGAGCAGCGCGUGUCUCGAUACCAGGCAGAUGUUUUCCUGCCUCAGAGGAAAGUGACGCAUCAGCUUAUUCAGGAAAUCAUGGAGUCCCCUGACCCUCCUCCCAGACCGAAGCCUGUUCGCAUGAAGGUCAACAGGAUGCUCCAGCCUCUUCCUAAGUCUGAUGGGCGUUCAGCAGUGAACAGCCCUCGGUCAGCGUGUCCUACCACCACCACCACCACAGUUCAGACUCCAAAGCCUCUAAUCACAGAGGUUACCCCUUCACAAGCUCCCUCCCAACCACCACCUCAAGUUUGUCCUGUUACUCCUGUCACUACAUUAAGAGCUCCAGUGGCUCCUAGUAGCGUCCCUCCUGCACCUGCAGUCAGGCCGCCUGCCCCCCAGCCAGUGACUGUGCGUCCCUCAGCACCCUCCAGCAUCACAACGGUGUCCACUCCCCCUCAACCACCAAGCAACAUUAUGACUCAAAGGGUCCUGCUCAGUCCAGAUAUGCAGGCUCGUUUGCCAUCCGGUGAAGUUGUAAGUAUCGCCCAGCUGGCCUCCCUGGCAGGCCGACCAGUGUCGUCCUCUCAGGGCAGUAAACCAGUAACCUUCCAGCUACAGGGCAACAAGCUCACACUCUCUGGGACUCCACUGCACCAGGUCCCUGUUCCACAGCCACGACCCAUCCAAGGAAAUGUAAUGCAUCUGGUUUCCAGUAGUGGGCAGCACCACCUUAUUAGUCAGUCAGCUCAGGUGGCAGUUCUUCACACAGUUAGUCAGACAGGUAGCAGCUCAGCAAAUCCAUACCCAGCCAGCACAACCCCAACCUGCUCUGGACUAGCAUUACCUUUCACCGCUACUCAAGUCCCAACAUCCAUGGUAAGUGGACCUGGAAUUGUAAAGAUUGUUGUACGACAGGCACCAAGUAAAGAAGGAGGGUCAAUCCCUACUCUAGCCGUGCCUCCUUCUCCUCGUCCUGCUCCUCCUCAGUCGGUCACCCUUCACCCACAUGGCACUCCAAGCUCUGUUGUUAGAGCGUCGGUUGCUUCACAGCCUCCACACCGGCCUCCGGUUUACGCUGCUCCACCCCGAACUGUUGCUUCCUCUCAGACUCCACCCACUCGUCCUGUGUUGAGAGUAGUACAGGGACCAGCACCAGCACCAGCCCCAGAACCACCAGUUACGAAGGCAAAUUCAUCAUCAGUACGUGAGGACAGUAAUAAUGAUGUGAUAACUUUGCACAUGAGCACUCCUAAGCCUACAUCCUCAUCUCGGAGUAGUGGGUCAACAUCUCAACGCCCCCGCAUUCAGCCGCCACCACCACCACGUUCCCCCUUCUACGUGUCAUGGCUUGCAGACAGGCGAAAGGCUCAGCGAGACGACAAAAUCUCUCAAAUCAUGCGCAUCAAUGAUCUGCACUGCAGCUCUAAGCCUGUGUAUGGCCGUGAGGUGCUGGACUUUCUAACCUUCCUCCCAGGCCAUUGUCCAUCUCCACCACGUCCUGUUGUAAACAACUGGAGUUAUUCGGGUUAUAGCUCCUGCCUCAUGGCUCAGUCACACAAUACAAGUAGUAUUUUGGAAAAGAGCAAAGUCCUGAAGGAAGCCAUCAACAACUCUGAGGACAAGCUUCAACUUCUCUCUGAGGUCAUAGAGAGGUUCACUUUUGUCAUUCCUCCAGUAGAGGCAAAGCCUAUCACCAUGCACAGCUGCCACCCACCUCCCUCCCUCAGACACCAGCAAUCUCUUUUCUCCUCUGUUUUAUCUUCCCGUCUCUCCCCGCUUACACACACGCUCCAUCGCAUCCAGUGCAACAUGAGGACACAUUUCCCUGACUUGAGGCUUAUUCAGUAUGACUGUGGUAAACUGCAGACACUCCACCUCCUACUUAGAAGGUUGAAGGCUGGAGGGCACAGAGUCCUCAUCUUCACUCAGAUGACACGUAUGUUAGAUAUACUUGAGCAGUUCCUUAACUACCAUGGGCAUAUCUACCUGCGGUUGGAUGGAAGUACACGUGUAGAACAGAGACAGGCUCUGAUGGAGCGCUUCAAUGCAGACCGUCGCAUAUUCUGCUUCAUCCUGUCCACCCGCAGUGGAGGUGUAGGUGUUAACCUUACUGGGGCAGAUACAGUGGUGUUCUAUGACAGUGAUUGGAACCCAACCAUGGAUGCCCAAGCUCAGGACCGGUGUCACAGAAUUGGACAGACAAGAGAUGUUCACAUCUAUAGGCUAAUCAGUGAACGCACGGUUGAAGAAAAUAUUCUGAAAAAAGCCAAUCAAAAAAGGAUGUUGGGAGAUAUGGCUAUUGAAGGGGGAAACUUUACCACUGCCUUUUUUAAGGAGCAAACCAUCAGAGAGUUGUUUGAUGUGUCAGAGGGAGAGAAGAAAGUGGCUGAACUGAGUGUGCCUCAGACAGAUGAUGAAGAAUCCAUCAAUAAACAACACACCACCAUUUUGGAACAGGCCCUGUGUCGUGCUGAGGAUGAAGAGGAUAUUGUGGCUGCAUCUCAAGCCAAGGCUGAGCAGGUGGCUGAGCUUGCAGAGUUUAACGAGAACAUCCCUCUAGAUGAUGGUGACAGCCGAGACCAGGAAGAGGAGGAGCUUUCCAAAGCUGAGCAGGAAAUCAAUGCCCUGGUUGAACAGCUCACUCCCAUAGAACGAUAUGCCAUGAAUUUCCUUGAGGCUUCCCUUGAAGAUAUUUGCAAAGAGGAGCUGAAGCAGGCAGAGGAGCAAGUUGAGGCUGCAAGGAAAGGGUUGGACCAGGCAAAGGAAGAAGGUUUGAAACUGCAUCAGUCAUCUGACAGUGAUGAAGAGGAUUCCAUACCUCACAGUACCGAGGAACCUACUCCAACCCGUCGCCCUCGCAAACACAAAGAGAAAGGGGCUCCUUCUACAAGGGUCAGUGGCAGGCUCAGAGGUACACCUGCUGACGAUAUACCCCUAACCCGUCUGUCGCCAGAAAGGAGCAAGCGGGGGGCAUGGAUGAACUCUGAGCGCAGUAUAAGCCAAACCCCUGGGUCCACACAAAAGUCGCCCCAACACAGAGAAGUGCCUGAGAAGCUUCGCAGUGGUCCGCGUGGGCGAGGGACAACCAAAGAAUCUGAAUCGCUCAUGUCAUCAGAAAACCAGACAGUCCAAACCAACCAGCAACUCUCAGAUUCAACAACCUUGUCCCCUGCUAUGCAGGGCUCAGUUCAAAAAAUUAGAAAUGUGCCAUCCCCCCACCUGCAGCCCAUCUCCCCUUCAAGCUCUGUGCCUUCAGCUGCUGUAUCUCCUGCAAUAGACAGAAACAAUUGUGGCCAUCAGUCCUCCGCUUCUGCUGCAUGCAUAGAGGAUGGUGAAGAGCAGGGGGGAGAGGCAGUGUCUGAAACUGUACAGUGUAGCAGAAGAGAUAGGAGAGCAUCUGCAUCAUCAGACUCCAUCUGUUCUCCUGAGCAUCAUUCUGAACAGGAGGGUCAGCUUUCCCUUUCUCCUACUCUUGCAUCUCCUAACUCUCGUUCACCACGAAAGCGGCAGUCUGCUGAAAGUGAAAUUCUCAAGGGACUUCCAGAAGAUUCUCCAUCCGCCAAAGUCCUUCGAAAGCUUCCAGGUCGUCUAGUCACGGUGGUGGAAGAGAAAGAGCCUAAAAGGAGACGGAGGGGAAUGAGUGGAAGUGGAGGAGUGCACAACGAGGGUUCAUCAGAGGACACUGAACAGCUAGAACCAGUUCAAGAACCAGCCACUCAGUCAUCUGAUGGAUCAAGUCAAACUCUUAAAGACUCUCUUCCUAUAUCAGUCCCCACAUCCGUAGCUUCUUCGUCACCAACACCACUACCACCCACCACAAGAGCAAGAACAGGCCUCUCCGUCACAGUUUAGUCCAGGGAGAGGGCACCACCCCUGU